CUUUGAUGAGGGUGUGAAGGCGACAGGUGGAUGGAAAAAGAGGUUUAGUCAGAUGGUGGUGUUCACUAACAAAGAGAGUGAGCAUUAGCAGGUCCGUUGACACAUCUUAUAAAAGGGGAAACAGGAGGGAUCGGAACCUCUCGCUCUGCAUUGCUGACAAGCUGGAGUAUUAUUGGAUGGUCCUGGGCUGUCUGUCGUCGCGGGAGACAGAGAGAGCGAACACCUGAGGAGGGAGCAGUGUGAAAGGGAGAGCUGUGCCGGGGAGAACUGAGCCUGCUCUGUCCCCUCACCCAAACUGCUGGUCCGGGGAAGGAGGGAGCCCGAGAGAAGGAGAGAGAGAGAGAGAGGAGGGUUUAGACUGAAAGACUGAACAGCUUUCAGAGAGGUUUGGCUCACAGACUGGGUCUUUAGUCUCUGGACCGAGCACCUUUACGUCAUAAAGGUGUUAGAUCCGUGUUAGCACCCCCCUGAAACCUGAGCCGUGGAGUUGAGUUUCUCUUCACCUCUGACCCCGGGAACUGGAGCUGCGCUAGGAAGACGGAGAGCCUGACUGCAAGCUGAGAUUCAGAUUCUGCGAGGCAGGAAGAACCUCUGGUGGACAUAGCUUCGCAUGCAACACUGGAGCCGAGAAACUGAUGGUUGAACUGGUUUUGCUGUCCUCUUUCGUCCCCUUUCUCUUCACUAUCACUGGACGUCUGGUACUAGAAGACAUCUGGGCAGUCUGUGGGUCCCACGUCUGUAAAUACCCAGCCAGGUAUCCACCUGGUGGCCAGACCCAGAAGCCCCACCUUCAUUGGUUUCUCAGUCAGGUGACAACAGCCGUCCUUCCCACUUCCUCCUCACUUACUCCUCACCAUGCAGCCCGCAGCAACUGAACAGGACGACUCCUUCGACUUCCUGUUCAAGAUCAUUUUGAUAGGCGACUCCAACGUGGGGAAGACUUGUGUGGUCCAGAGUUUCAAGUCUGGGUCGUUCUCCGCCAAGCAGCAGAACACCAUCGGCGUGGACUUUACCGUGCGAACCCUGGACAUCGAGGGAAAGAGGGUCAAGAUGCAGGUGUGGGACACGGCAGGGCAGGAGCGUUUCCGCACCAUCACCCAGAGCUACUACAGAAGCGCGCACGGCGCCUUGAUCGCCUAUGACAUCACGCGCCGUGGGACCUUUGACUCGGUGCCUCACUGGAUCAGGGAGGUGGAGCUGUACGGAGCAGCCAAUGUGCUGCUUGUCCUCAUAGGUAACAAGUGUGACAUGGAGGAGCAGCGGGAGGUUCCGUUUGAGGAGUCCUGCUCCCUGGCGGAGGAGCGAGGCAUCUUGGCUGCUCUGGAGACGUCGGCCAAGGAGGCGCAAUACGUGGAGGAGGCCUUCCUGAUGAUGGCCCGCGAGCUGCUGGCACGCAACGGCCUGUCCGUCCAGCAGGGGGAGCAAGACUCCACACGCAUCCUGCUCCGAUCCAACUCCCGACCCGUCAACGGGCCUGCCACCUUCGGCUCUGCAGAGAAGAAACAGUGUGACUGCUGACAGGGAGGAAGACAGGAAGUAAACAAGGAAGGAAGGAAGCACGAAAGGAAGGAAAGAUCCUGACCUGAACAGGAGUAGGGAACACUAGGUCUGUGUGGGUGAGAUGAGCUGGAAAGAACCACAUACAAAAAGACAAUGUUCAACCACCUACAAUGGCCACUAGAGAGCAGUGUGUAUUUAUUCAUCCACUUCCAGAGGAAGAAAACACUUCUUUAUCUGUCUGGAGAGAACUUCACUAUCUGGCCAAAGUGAGAACUUGACUAUCUUCCCUAUGUGUCUAUUUAAAAACUCAGUAUUUUUAACUGAACAAAAAUCCCAACUGUUUCUCCCUUUCUCUGCCAAGGUGAGAUUUAGCUGAGGGAUAGCCUCCUGUGUUUAUAUGACCUCACAACAUACAAUGAAGCUUUGCUUUAAACAGGAUGUGGAAUUGAAAUGACUGAGCCAGUAGGCUUGCAUUUCAGGUGAAAUAUAUAAGGAAAUAGUGCUGUGGCAUGUCUCUUUCAGAGAGAACCACAGGAGAGACUUGUUUAUCCAAAGAACAAAAGAGUUUGUUGAAACGUGAUGACCUGCUGGAUUCCUUCAUGGUUUGUUGAAAUAAUCUUUCCCUGAACAAUUUACAAUCCCGGCACCUGGACUAAACUUUUAUUUUGUAUUUUUUGUGAGGAACCUGGAAUAAACUUUUAUUUUGUAUUUUUUGUGAGGAGGCUGAGGGAUGGACAUUUGACAGACCUUUCUCUGUUGGUGGCAUGAAAGUCCAUCCAAAUCUUGACACUGCAGACCAUUAUCAGGUCUUUUCUCCAUAAUAAUUGUGUGCGUGAAGGCAAUUUCACAGAUAUAACAGUGUUUAAAUUCUUCACACAGAGAUAAAACAUCAGUAAUUAUUUUCUGAAGCUGCUUCAUCUCUUGGUUUCAACUGUAAAUCUCCUUAGUGUGGAGGUAGCUGGAUCAGUGAUGUGUCUCAGAUGAUAAAUGUCUGUGAUAGGCUAUGUUCAGUCAUGUGAUCUUAGAGGCUGAGAUCCAGUGUCCCUGAUAAAUAAACGUUUAGUGCAUAUUGUGUCAU